AUGGGCUUGAAUGAAGAGGAAGACCGCUCCAAGAAGAUGAAGCUCUCCGCUUUCACCAGGACUUCCAUACUUUUUCGCCAGUUGCGCAGUGAGGUGUUGCAAUCUAUCCAUGAAAUUCAGCGUCGAGACCAGGUGGAAAGGCAACAUUCAUUGGAGAUUGCUGAAAGAAAUCCGCUUACUUUCCCUGGAAGUGAGAGCAACAGUCCAGCACAUCCUGGAACACCCGAGCAUGAAUCCAACGAUGUCGCCUCUAACUGCAAGCUCACUCCUGCUCUCCAGCCAAGGCCUGUACAGACCCCCAACACUGUUCUCAAGAAUUGUGUGGAUAAAUGCAUGAAGAACAGCGAUUCCUGUGCCAGUAUGGUGAAGAACAGCACUCCCAUCCAUGAUAUCCCUGAGAUAACUAUAUAA